CGCCCGCGUGGCCUUCGCGUCCAGGCGUUCGAAUCCCGCUCCCUCCCUUCUCCUCUCCCGAAGGCGAGCAUGGCAGGGCCGGGCGAGGACCUGGGACAGCGGUGGCCCUAGCUCUGCACCCCCACCCCUCCUGCUGGGAGAAGCAGCGGGCUGCUCGCGGACGAUGUGGCCAGGGCUGCUCCCCAGUGCGUCUUCCGCCCGGUUCCCCGCUGCCGCCCCUCUUCUCUGCUCGCUCCAUCCCACCGGGAGGAGUUGAUGCUGCUGUCGCCGCCGACGCCGCGGAAGCCGCGGCUGAUGGAUGCCGGGGAGUGCCGCAUUGCUUAGCGUCCCCGCCUCCGGGUGUGCUGGUAGGAGCCGGCUGCUCUUUCUUCUCUCUCGCUUUGGGGUUUUAUAGAAAAGGCGCAUCCUUCAGUGGGGACCGCAGAAGCAUCACAGAGCUGGGGCUGAGAUGUGCGUGGGGGUUGUUUUUGUUACAUCUUGGAAGAGAAGAGGACGGUACCAAGAUCAGCACCAACCGUGCUGGGUGCGAUUAGGGGUGUUUUGUUAGGAGAAAGGACCAGAAGAGGAGUGCCGGGCCCGCCGAAGGUCUACAUCUCUUUAAAGGAAAAGGAAGAGGGAACAGAAGUGGGGCAUUGUUUGUAGGGGGUGGAGAAAGAAGUUUAUAUCCCCCACAGAAAAGCUGUGGGAAAGCAGGAGCAACAGGGUAGUUGAUUGAACACCAAGACAAAUAAUUUCCUGUAAAGAAGAGGAAGCAGGCAGCUGCGAGGUCUGGAGGCUAGAGGGUGGUGGUGGCAAGGGCCAGGUUUGCUGUGGGACUGUCAGCCAGAGGAAGGGAAGGCUUGGGAACAAACAGAACAAUGACUCAUUUACAAGCUGGUCUCUCUCCUGAGACCCUGGAGAAAGCUCGCCUGGAGCUCAACGAGAACCCGGACACACUGCACCAGGACAUUCAGGAGGUGAGGGAUAUGGUCAUCACCAGGCCGGACAUUGGCUUUCUGCGCACAGAUGACGCCUUCAUCUUACGAUUCUUGCGGGCCAGGAAGUUUCAUCACUUUGAGGCCUUCCGCCUCCUGGCCCAAUACUUUGAGUACCGGCAGCAGAACCUGGACAUGUUCAAAAGCUUCAAGGCCACUGACCCUGGCAUCAAGCAGGCGCUGAAGGAUGGCUUCCCUGGGGGCCUGGCCAAUCUGGACCACUAUGGCAGGAAGAUUCUAGUGCUCUUUGCUGCCAACUGGGAUCAGAGCAGGUACACACUGGUGGAUAUUUUGCGCGCCAUCUUACUUUCUUUAGAAGCCAUGAUUGAAGAUCCUGAGCUUCAAGUGAAUGGAUUUGUUUUGAUCAUAGACUGGAGUAACUUCACCUUCAAGCAAGCCUCUAAACUUACCCCAAGCAUGCUGCGAUUGGCUAUUGAAGGCCUCCAGGAUAGUUUCCCAGCACGAUUUGGAGGAAUUCAUUUUGUCAAUCAACCAUGGUACAUCCACGCCCUGUAUACUGUGAUCCGGCCUUUCCUAAAGGAGAAGACUCGGAAAAGGAUAUUUCUGCAUGGUAACAACCUGAACAGUCUACACCAACUAAUUCAUCCCGAGAUCCUGCCCUCUGAGUUUGGAGGAAUGCUGCCCCCUUAUGACAUGGGGACAUGGGCGAGAACACUGCUGGACCAUGAGUAUGAUGAUGACAGUGAAUACAAUGUGGACUCCUACAGCAUGCCUGUGAAGGAAGUAGAAAAGGAACUCUCCCCCAAGUCCAUGAAGAGAUCCCAAUCAGUAGUGGAUCCUACAGUACUGAAACGCAUGGAUAAAAAUGAGGAAGAAAACAUGCAACCUUUGCUCUCUCUGGACUGAUAACUUCUCUACACUCCCCAUGGAUUAGAAAUGGAAGGUACUUGUUUCCAGCAACAGGGACAGCACUGUGGAGGAAUUACCAGCUGGAAACUUAUUUAUUCAUGUUAACGUAGCAUAAUAUAUAAUAAGGCACCAGGCUUUCCCAUUUGCCUGAACCAUGGGUGCCCUGGUCUGGAUUAAAAAAAAAAAAGUCAAUAAUUUAUUCUGUAAGUGCCAAGUUCUUUGUAAAUACAAUGUAAUCUUCAUGUCAAGUUUGUAAAUUUUGGUAGUAACUUAAAUUGGAAAAGAUUGGCUCUUGAGCCCAUGCCAGUGAUAUGAUCUAUAACAAAAAACAGAAAAGACACGUAAACAAUCAAAGCUAAUUAAAUGUAGCCCUGUUUCCUAUGAAGCCAUAUUUCAGCUAUCACAGUGAUUGUUUCAUUGUUUUUCUCUGAAAUUGUGUCAUAUUCAAACGUAUUUUUAGUGGGCACAGGGAACUAGAUGAUUCUAGGAAAUUAUUAAGAUAAAUGUAUUUCCUGUCUAGUGAUUUUCAUUUCACAGAAAAUGUGUCCUAGUGACUAUCACUGGCCUUGCAUUUUGGAGACAAGAAAUGGCAGAUGAGCUGGUAAACUGAACACUUGAACUCUUCUCUGUUGUUUAAUUCCUGGAGUCUUGUGAAAAGAUAUGUUCCUUAAAUUAAGAUGUGGAAUUCUGAAAGAGAGUGGAUUUUUUUUUUAAACUGCUGUCUUCACAAUGUGUCCUUUGUUGAAGAUCCCAUUGUAUCCCUGUCCAAUGUACUUAAAGAACAUUCUCCCCGCAAAACUCUUUGACCAAGAGAAAGAGAACUCAUGCGUGAAUGGUGUUUUGACAGCUAAUUUUGAACAUAAAAGUUGCCACGUAUGGAUAAGGGGCUAAUUUCUAAUUCUUGUGCACUGGUUGAAAAAAUAUAUAUAUUCACACACGCACAUAUAUAUUUUUACUGAGCUCUAAUAAAUCCUUGAUGUCACAGGGUUAUAACAUAAAUCAUACAUAUUCAAUGGUCUUAGAGAUGUUAUAGGUUAUUACAUGAGAUGCUAACUCUGGAAAACCACUUCCACUAAAGUUAAUGAAAAUGAGGUAUAGUGAAACAGACUUUCAGUGAACCUAUUUAAGAGAAUUUAAUUUGUAGUCCAAUCUUGAAUCUGUGCCAUUUUAGUAAAAUAUAUUUUUCCUUCAAAAAACAACAGGUCUCAACAUAGCAUAGGCAGU